AUGAGUGGCCAUUUAGAAGUGUUAAAAUGGGCCCAUGAGAAUGGAUGCCCCUGGGAUGAAGGUUUGUGCUCUGGUGCUGCAGAAGGAGGCCAUUUUGAAAUUCUCAAAUGGGCACAUGAGAAUGGCUGUCCAUGGGAUGGAAUGACAUGUGCCAAUGCUGCCGAGCAUGGCCAUUUGAACAUUUUGCAAUGGGCCCAUGAGAAUGGACGCCCUUGGGAUGAAAGAACUUGUUCCAAAGCUGCGGCAAGAGGCCAUUUAGAGAUUCUCAAGUGGGCACAUGAGAAUGGCUGUCCAUGGAAUGAGUCAACAUGUAAAUCUGCUGCAGGAGGUGGUAACCUUGAAGUUCUGAAGUGGGCACACGAGAAUGGCUGUCCAUGGGACGGAUACACCCUCACUUCUGCUUUCAAUUCACGCAAUUGGGAGUGUCUGAAUUGGGCAAGUGAUAAUGGAUGUCCAGAUGAGUGGAGGAUCAAGAUAGUGUAGAAUGAUGAAUCUGACCCCACUGUAGUUAUGGAGCACUGAAGAAUGUCUGGCUGAGAAUAUGGAGGAAAGAGAUUGUACCCUUCUUACAUGCGUGCUGGCACUCUGGUGGCUGUGGACCCUAGUAGAGCAUUGGGUUACCCAACUUGCCAACCUCAGAAUCUUAUAGCACACUCCCGCUAGCUAGGGUGCUCUGCUACUAGCUACUGGUAGUACAUACCAGUACCUAUCUCGGCCACCGUGGCUGCGUUGCGGUAAAGAAGCUUUACACGCCUAUUCGAGGAAAAGUUAAUAUUUUCCAGAAAACUCUGCAAAUUUGUCUUUUUGCUUUGUUAUAGAAUCCAAGACCCAAGACGCUUGCUGGUUUGGAAGGAGCACCGGCUUCUUAAUUAAAAACCAGGAUCACUGGCACUCAGUUU